CGUUGAGCUCACAACAUCCUCCAUUGACUUCUCAAUUGACCAUCAAGCUUCGAUUGAGGUUCUCCACCAUGUCGGGAACCAUAUUACAUCUCCGCUCCGAAUUGGGCAAGGCAUUAGAGCACCGCAGCGCCCUCACACCGUCAACUGCCAAAGCACUCAUUGACGCUGGCUAUACUGUCAAUGUCGAGCGAAGCCCUGAGCGUAUAUUCGACGACGAAGAGUUCGAGAAGGUCGGAGCUACAUUGGUGCCAGAAAAUACAUGGAGAGAGGCUUCUGCUGAUCACAUCAUCAUUGGAUUGAAAGAGCUGCCAGUGGAAGAGUUCCCUCUCAAACAUACACAUGUCCAAUUCGCACAUUGCUACAAGCAACAAGGAGGCUGGGAAAAGGUCCUGUCUCGUUUCCCUCGUGGGGGUGGAACUCUGCUAGAUCUUGAAUUCUUGACGGACGACCGAGGACGCCGUGUUGCAGCUUUUGGAUACCAUGCAGGCUUUGCUGGUGCAGCUCUGGCACUCGAGACAUGGGCUUGGCAACUCUCACACACAGAGCCCUUUCCGGGAGUCUCGAGCUACCCCAAUGAAGAUGAAUUGAUCGUGGAUGUCAAGAAGGCUAUCGCAGCAGGAAAGGAAAAGACUGGGAGGGAUCCUCGAGUCCUGGUUAUUGGCGCUUUAGGACGAUGCGGCAGUGGUGCGGUGGACAUGUGCUUGCGAGCUGGCGUACCCACCGAGAACGUGCUCAAGUGGGAUCUGGCAGAGACAGCCAAGGGUGGACCUUUUCCUGAGAUUGUGGAGAGUGAUAUCUUCGUCAACUGCAUAUAUCUCAUAUCCAAGAUCUCCAACUUUGUCGACAUGAAGAGCCUCGAUGUCCCAGAUCGCAAGCUGUCGGUCAUUUGCGAUGUCAGUGCGGAUACGACAAACCCCAACAAUCCUGUGCCAGUCUACACGGUUGCUACUACUUUCACGGAACCUACGGUACCUGUCGAGGUCAAAGCAGAACCGAAGUUGUCGGUCAUUAGCAUCGAUCAUUUACCGAGCUUGUUGCCACGAGAAGCAAGCGAGGCAUUCAGCAAGGACUUAUUACCAAGUCUCUUAACUUUGAACAAGUGGCGAACUACUGAUCCCUGGGCAAAGGCCGAGAAGCUCUUCCAGGAGAAAGUCGCUAGUCUUCCCAAUAGCUAUUUAGAAUAGAUAAGGACCUUUCGUUUCUUAAGCGAGAUAGACCAAGUGCUCAAGCCAAAAAAGUAAUGACUCUUCAUCCUUCACGCUCGCGGCCAGGAAAGUAAUCCUUUGAGUGCAUGGCGAUGAGUGUUACUUUUACAUUUACAUGAAGGAGGGAAUACAAUUUCGAAGAGGCAAAAUUUGAAACGGGGACGAAAGAAAAUAGUACUGUGAGGGAGCUUGUAAAAUGCCUUGAAAAUACCAUUAUGGUUACUUUAUUUCGCGACAGGUCAGUAAUAGCCCAUUACACUCGCUACGUCAUACACCCGUUUUUAUAACAUCACGAUGUUUCGACUGUCGGGAUGUAGUGACUUCAUGUCUAAAUUG